AUGUUCGGAUCGUGGGUGUUGAGACACCCAACCUACUUGCUCCUUCCCACGGCGGUAUUCAUCCUGGCUUUUCUUCUCAACUCAUCGUCUCCGCUGGCACUUAUUAGCCUGCCAACCUUGACCAAGAUCAACAAGACCUACUACUCGUUGUUCAAGCCAGCACCGCACUCGAUAAACAUGCCGAGGGCACCGGUGUAUUUCUUCAGUCAUGGAGGGCCCGAUGUCCAAUACAACAAGACACACCCUGUCUACCCGGUGCUGCAGUCAAUCGGCAAGGAGAUCACCCAAAAGGUGAAACCCAAAGCUGUUGUAGUGUUCUCAGCCCAUUGGCAAGCCGAGCCCAACGAGAUCCACCUCAACAAUGCGGAGGACACCGAUCUCAUCUACGACUUCUACGGCUUCCCAGCCGAGUUCUACAAAGCCACCUUCCCAAGCAAAGGCAGCCCCGCCUUGGCCUCACAGAUCCUCACCCUGCUCUCGCAAGCCGGGAUCCAAGCCAAGGGCCUCAAGCGCGGACUCGACCACGGCGUCUUCUCGGGCUUCAACGUGGCGUUCGGCCCGGCGGAGAACCCGCUGGGCUGCCCGCUCGUGCAGGUCUCGCUGUUCAACAGCGAGGACCCGGACGCGCACUACCGGCUCGGGCGGGCGGUCGCCGCGCUGCGCGACGAGAACAUCGUCAUCAUCGGCACGGGCAUGACGGUGCACAACCUGCGCGACAUGCGCUUCGCCUGGGGCGACCCCACGCCGCUGCCCUACGCCGUGUCGUUCGACAACGCGCUGAAGGAGGCCGUCGAGGCGGAUCCCGGCGUGAGGCAGGAGCGGAUGGCGGCCGUGACGAAGAGGCCCGACGCGAGGCAGGCGCAUCCGUGGAUGGAUCAUCUCAUGCCGGUGUAUGUGGCGGCCGGUGCAGCGGGGGAGGAUCAAGGGAGUCAGUUGUGGACGCUGCAUGAGGGGAGCUUCGCCUGGGCGCAGUACCGGUUCGGUCAGGUUCCGACGUAG